AUGACUGAGGUCGGGCCUGCCGAUCGAUCCAGGCUCCUGCGAUCAAAACAGGAUGAGCGCAGCUCAAUCCUGUCGACGAGGAAGAGGAAGUUCAGCCAGUUCUUCGCCGCUGCCGCAGCGCCCGACGCCCUACCAAACCAUGAAAUCGCGAGCCCCAACGCGCCGAACGCCAACCACGGCGACUUCAACGCCUACGAUCAUUCCAAAGUGUUGCAGGGGAAGAAAUUUGGCGAUGCGAAUCUCUCCGGCGCGCCCUUACUAAACUACAAUAGCCUUGUACGCUUCGUCAGGUCUACUGGCGUCUGGGGCAUCACCCCUGAUGGCCAGCCCGCCGCUCCUCCCGUCGACGCGAACGGACUAAAACCCCACCUACCGUCGAUGCAAUAUGCUCCACCUGUGCCAAGCGCAAGACCGACUCCCGCGCCACCUACUGACGAGAAGAAGAGACCACUGUUGGCCCCGAAUGCUCCGGUCCAAGGCCUCCCUGCUGCAUCUCCCGUGCCGGUCCAACCUCGCGAUGCGAAGAAGCCCAGGACGGCAGCUUUCUCAGCUCCUUUACCAUCCACCUUGACGCCGACCACCAACAUAGCGACUCGCCCCUCGACCGAACCGAUAACGAAUGGAACGUCGGAGAUAGCGCCGCCGAAGCCCGCCGCGGGCCAAGUAGCCGCGACCCCAGUACCAUCAGCACAGAGUGUGAAACCCGGGGCUCCUGCUCGUGCUCCGGCUCCCAGUAUUCCCCCGACUUCUGCGCCGACUUCGGCUUCCGGAACCAAGGUUUCCCAACCUCCGACUGCCCCCCCAUCUGCGCCGACAGCCGUACCAGCGCAGGCCAAAGCUUUGGUACCUCUAGCGCCACGAACCGCGACGGCACCCGCUGCUGCCACUCCAUCCAGUGAUGCGUCUGCACCAGCCGCCAAACCGCAGGAGACUGGACGGCAACAGGAGGCCGCCUCGUCUCCAGCAUCGACGGCCCCAAGUGCGACCACACCAGCCGUUCAGGAUGUAUCUGCAACCACGAGUCCCGAGAAGGAGGAGAUUCAGCCCGUUCAGCGAGAAGGAAAGGUUGGCGAAGAUCAAGAUGCGGUUAUGAUUGACGCCCCGAGCCUGGCAACGGAGAAACCGCCUACUCAAGGGCCAUCUGGUCCAUUAUCGACAUCGGUCAUAUCUGAUCAAAGUAUGAAAGACGUCAAAUCCCAAGCUGCAGCCGUGGAGCAGAAACCUACUCCUCCUCAACCUAUAAUUCCACCACCAUCUACUGCUACCGCUAUCAUUCCCCCGCCGGCGCGCACCGCAACUCCUGUCGCGAAACCUGAGCCAGCGGCCACACUGGUCCAACAGCAACAGAAACAGCCUUUUUCGAAACCCCUCCCGACGCCCCUUACAACUGAGCCAGCGCAACCGCCAAAACUAGUCUCCCCGGAACUUCCUUCUCCUCAGCCCCGAGGUACAGAGAAGCCUGCGACGCCCACCCCAACAGAGAUUACGAGUGUGAACCAACGUGUUCCCGAUGCCGCUCCAAAGGAGCCUACUAUCCCCCGGCCAGCUGCUGUGGAACCCAAGCCCUCUCUUCCUCCCCAGCCUGCAACCCAACAACCCCAGCGACCGACGCCACAGGUGACUGAGCCGCCUCAACUCGAGCGGGCGGUGACAAGAGUAUCCUCCGGAGCCAUUCGUCAAAAGUCAGUCUCCGAGAUCCUGGCUGGAUCGCUCAAGGCCCCACGCCCAGCGGCGGAGAAGGCGGCGGAGAAGGCGGCGGCGUCGACAACAAAGAGUUACCCGACGACGCCGUCAGCACUGCGACCCAAAAACCAGCUUCCGAAACGACGAGAAAGGGACAGGACUCAAGUCUCAACGGUGGUGUUUGGGAAACAGCCGAAGCGGUCGGACGACAAGUCGGUUACAGCCCCGAAGCAGCAAGGCACGUCGCCCGCUGAUGAUUACUUUACUCCCCUCUUUAUUGAGGGGUUUAUUUCGAGGUCUUCUUGGAUGAAACCCCUGGGUGCUCUUCUUAAUCAGGCGCACAAGACCAUAUCCUCGCCCGAUGCUAUGUUGGCGUAUGAAGAUGAUCAAGCAUGCAAAAUCCUGAAGCGGGUAUACCUCCUUCAGCAUACGAAUAAAUGGUCCCUGCGACAACGGGAGCGAUGCGCCGAACCUACUCGACCCCCUUCCCACAUGGACGUACUACUUCAAGAGAUGAAAUGGAUGCGUACGGACUUCCGCGAGGAACGAAAGUGGAAGAUGGCGACGGCAAGGAUCCUGGCUACCGCCUGUGCGAAAUGGCACACCGCGACACCUGAGGAACGUAUCGCCCUUCAAGUCUCGGCACGCCCUCCGCCGAAGGAGCCUGCAGGCCAAGACGUAGAUAUGUUAGAUGCGGAGGCAAUUCCAGUGGAACGCAUGCCGCAGCUUGUCAAGUCUGAUUCUUCUGAGUCGGGACUUGCCGAUGAGGUUGAUAUCAUCUCGCCCUCUGCCAUCUUUGCCCUCUCAGAAGACCAGAUGGUCUUCCCCCUCCGCCAAUCCCCUACAUCAGACCUACUCUUAUCCGAAUUACCGCUCUACGGUUCCCCCCUCAAGGUACCCAGCUCAGAUAUCAUCCAACCAGACUACGACCCGGAUGCGUUAUGGCGCCGACCUGCUUUGCCGUUGAGCAAGUACGUUGAGGGCGACAUGAAGCUAGUUACCGAGGGCCAGCCCACGUGGCAAAGCAAAUUUAUGUACGAGGACGAAUCCGAUGACGAAGACUUUGAGAAGUAUCCGCCGACGACUAGCACCACUACCCCUGCAAGUCGCAAGAACUGGCUUCCGCCUGAGAAGAACGAUGUGGCCCUCUUCAAUCCUGAGAUGAAGCAAAUUCGGGACCGGCUGCAUGCCAAUCACCAGUUCCGGCCACCGACCGAGCAUCCGAUGCCGCCCCCAAGCUUCUAUGAAAAUCGCAUUGCGUCACAGUGGACAGCAGCCGAGGAUGAAGAGCUCAGGAACCUGGCCAACCAGUUCCAGCACAAUUGGUCACUCAUCUCCGAAGUCCUCACACCUCGGUCAGCCUUUGUUUCUGGAGCGGAGAGGCGUACCGCCUGGGAGUGCUUCGAGCGAUGGCUUCAGCUGGAGCCUCUCUCUCCGGAUAUGGCGAAGACACAAUACUUCCGAACAUAUAAUCACCGCAUCGAGAGCGCGCAGCGCGUUGUCCUUCAGCAACAUCAGGCAGCACAGCAGCAGGCGGCCGCCACCGGUCAACCACCGCCGAAGCGCCGACAGUGCGUGCCUGUCAGGGUCGAGAGGAGGCACGGCAGGAGACACAUCAACCUCAUAGGCUCGAUGAUGAAGGUGGCGAAGAAGCGAGAGACGACGGCCCAGAAGCAACAGGCUCAGGCGACCAUGAUUGCGAUGCGUAAGGCGAAUGAGAAUUCACAGCAACAGCAACCUCGGCCUCAAGCUCCAGUUAAGACACCGAGGGAUUACAGUAUAAUGAGAUGGGAGCGUGAUCAGGCAAUGGCAGAAAAGAUAGCGCAGUAUGCGCAGCGCCAUGAGGCUCAGAAGAGGGCUGCCAUGCAAGCAAGACAAGCCCAAGCUGCCUCAAUGGCCGCCAAUGCCGCUGCAGUUGCGGCGGCCACAGGUCAAGUGCCACAAAAUGCCGCUGCUGCUGCUCAUCUCAUGAACUCAAUGGGAGGUGUCCCUCGUCUCAACAUGCCAAACCAAUUUGGUAUGGCAGGUCAACCUCGCCCUGGUGUCCCAGUCCAAGGAGCGGUUGGUGUCAACGGCAUCGGACCCGUACCAGCCCAUCUCGCUGCCAACCUCGUUCGCCAGAUGCCGCUCAAUGGUAUUCCCCAAGCGCAAAUGCAGGCCGCCUUACAAUCGCAGCAUAGGAUGCCGCUCGCUAACCCGCAGGAGGCUCAUGUGAUUAUGCAAGCUCGUCGGAUAUCAGAGCAACAGAGGGCUGCCGUACAAAUGCAGCAUCAGCAGGGACACGCUCAACAAGGCCAACCGUCACCGCAGCCCCAAGGCCAGCAACAGCAGCAACAGGCUCAGGCUCAGGCUCAGGCUCAGCCCCAGGCUCAUGUUGUUACUCCGACACCGGCACAAGUACAGCAGGCGCAAGCCAUGGCCCGAGCCAACAGCGGUCGACAAGGGUCUCCGCCCAACAUGAGGAACGGGCUUAACGGCCUCAGCCAGCAGAAUUACCUGGCUAACGCUCAAGCUGUCAUGGCAUCCUUCGGCGUUGGCGCUCCGAACAGCGUCGCUGCCCUGAACGCGCUGCAGAACGCAAGCCUUAGCAUGCCGGCCAGCUCUCCACGACCAGCCGCUGCCUCUCCAACCAUGUCUCCUACGGUAGCUGCGCAGAUCGCGGCUCUUGAAGGACAAUUCAGACAGAAGAAUCCCGGAGCAACACCCGAGCGGGCUCGACAGUAUGCGACCGAGCAGCUUACGCGGAUCAUUCUCGCUCAACGCAAUAGUAUGUCUCAGCAAGCGAUGAACGCGGCGGCUGGAGCUGUAGCGCAGCACGGUAUUCCGAAUGGCCUCGCCGGUGCAAGCCCCGCGCAAUACGCUGCGAUACUUCGGCAGCAGCAGGCUCAGGCUCAAGCCGCCCAGGCUGCCCAGGCGCAGGCGCACCAAGCUCAAGUCCAAGCCCAAGCAAUCCAGGCUCAAGCACAAGCACAGAUCCAAGCCCAUGCUAAGGCUCAAGUUCAAGCCCAACAAGCUCAAGCCCAAGCCCAAGCUCAGGCCCAGGCUCAGGCUCAGGCUCAGGCUCAAGCUCAGAUUCAGGCUCAGGCUAAAGCUCAAGCCCAGGCUCAGGCCUCGCCGCAGGGUCAGCAAGGUCAGCAGGCACAGGGAACCCCUAAGUCUGCCGUGGCAACGCCAACUUUAGCCGCCGCGCAACAUCAGAGAACUCCGAGUGAGAGCGCUACGCCGGGGAAGUAA